UAUUCUCUCUAAUGCUUACAGGAUUUCCCAGUUCCUGUAUGUCGAUGGGGAUCGUGCUCUUGCUCCUUGUUGGUGCCUUAGGAGAAGCUGGUGCUCUGAACAGUGAGCCCAGGAGAAGAGAUUGCCUCCUGCCUUGCCUGUUCUCCCAGCUGCUCCCGGUGGGCUCUCCGGUGCCGGAGGAGUGGAGAGGAGAGCUGGGGCUGCUUGAGUGAGAUCACAGGGCAUUUGACCAGUGGGGCUGCGGCGGCUGGGGGUCCUCGCCACCCUGCGGCAGAGACAGCCAGCUCCUGCCACGUAGAUGCCCGCAGGGGAGAGGACAACUCCAGCUGAACUGAUGCAUCUCGACACCUGAUACCAGGCUCAGCUUCUGACAUGAAGAAGGAUAUAGAGUCUUUAAUAGCCCAGGAAAAAGCGGAGAUCGUUGCCAAGUAUGAGAAGGGCAGGCAGGAAGGAGCUCAGAUUGACCCAUGGGAAGAUGCCAAUUUCACGCUGUAUAAAGUUACAGACCGGUUUGGAUUCCUGCAUGAGCAGGAGCUGCCGACCCGCACGGCCUUGGAGGAGAAGCAAAAACAGCAGGAAAUUGAACGUGUGGACAAGUGGCUAAAGAUGCUGAAGAAAUGGGGCAAAUACAGAAACAGUGACAAGAUGUGCCGGCGAGUGUACAAAGGGAUCCCGCUUCAGGUGCGAGGCCAGGUCUGGUCGCUUCUGCUGGACGUCGAAAAGAUGAAAACGGAGAACGAAGGAAAAUAUGAGCAAAUGAAAGAACAAGCAAAGAGCUUUUCUUCGGAAAUCAAGCAGAUAGAUUUGGACGUUAACCGCACCUUCCGAAACCACAUCAUGUUCCGGGAUCGCUACGGAGUGAAGCAACAGGCACUCUUCCAUGUCCUGUCAGCAUACUCGGUUUAUAACACCGAAGUGAGCUACUGCCAAGGCAUGAGCCAGAUCGCAGCCAUCCUCCUGAUGUACUUAAACGAAGAGGACGCAUUCUGGGCCCUGGCACAGCUGCUGACCAACCAGCGGCACGCCAUGCACGGUUUCUUCAUUCCUGGGUUCCCGAAGCUGCAGAGAUUUCAAGCUCACCACGAGCAGAUUUUAAGCAAACUCUUCCCCAAACUGAAGAAGCACCUGGACAAGGAGCAGAUGACUACGGGGAUUUACACAACCAAGUGGUUCCUGCAGUGUUUCAUUGACCGGACCCCCUUCACCCUCACCUUGCGGCUGUGGGAUAUCUACAUCCUGGAAGGAGAGCGCGUGCUGACGGCCAUGGCUUACACCAUCCUCAAACUGCACAAAAAGCGCUUGCUGAAGAUGUCGCUGGAAGAUUUACGGGAAUUUCUGCAGGAGAAAAUUGCUGCUUCCCUGCAGUACGAGGACGAUGCUGUCAUCGAGCAGCUGCAGGUGUCCAUGACCGAGCUGCGCAAGAUGAAAUUUGACCUCCCCCCACCAGCAAAGCCUGAGGAGUUCCCACGGAAACCCCUGGGCCUGGAGCUCUCCCUCAACCCAGUAGCCCUGAAAGGCAAUGUGGCAGCCAACGGCCAGAAUGGCCAGGUGGGUGAGCGCCACCUGGACAGGGAGCCACAUCCCCACAGAGGUCCCGGGGCGCCGGGAGAGACAAUGGUGGUGGAGGAGAGGACUCCCACCCUCCAAGGUGAAGCAGCUGAAGCGACCAACAUCAACCUGCAUCCUCCUGGUGAGGAGCCGCCGGGAGAGGAGGGCCGCGUGGAGCCCACCAAGGACAGGCAGCCCCCAUUUCUUUUGAAGGCAAAUGAAACGCAGGCCCAUCACCACCUCCUGCCUCCAGAGCAGCCUGUUCUCGUUCCCAGCCAUGCCGUGGUGGAUCACGAGCCAGUCUCCCUUCCCGUCCCAGCCAAGGAUGGCUCCUCGGACUCCUCUCUCCAAAACACGCCAAGUCCUCCUGACUCAAGCACCGCUGAGCUUUCUGCUACGGACCACGCGGUAUGGCAGCCAAAUCCUGCUGCCCUGACAGUGGAAGAACAAGCAUCUUCCCUCUGUGAAGAGAAAGCACUUGAUGCACCCCCUCAUCCUCUGCCGGGCAGCUGGCAGCAGCUCUCCAGUGCAUCGCAGCACGACGGGUCCCCCGAGAGCAAGCACGAGGAGGAGAUGCCCAAGAAACGCUGCAGAGCGGUGCUGCUGGACAAAACGGACUGGAAGCGCUUGGCCUCCAAAGCUGCAUCUACAGGGGAGCUUGCCAACCUGCAGCAGAAUGGGCCAGGGAGCCCCACCAGCCCCACGUGCUGGCCGGAGGGCUUGGGGACAUCACCUGCACAGGGCCUGGCUGGUGGCAGCGUGCCCAUCCUGUCCGGUGGCGAGCUGGAGGCAGAAGGGCUGGGCGAGGGCUGCCCCUUCCAGCAGGCGCCAUCCCCUGCGGUGGAGGGGAACAGCCCCUACACCAUCAUCAAAACCACCACCCCCCUUCACCUGGCCCACGCCACGGAACAGGACUUCUCAAACAGAAAGCAGGUGGCGUUGCCUCUGCUGGAGACUGGGCGUCCCCUGCCCGCCACCCCCACGGCACCCCCUCUUGCGCCAGACCCAGAGGAGGUGGAUGCCCAAAAAAGCCUCCAGAAACCAUUGAACGCACUGAAAGCCCCGCGACCCCCCCUGAGCCCCAAACCAAAAUUACCACCACAGGUUGCCAAAUCCCGCUCAGAGAACAGUUUCCUUUCGGGCUCUCCUCCCCUGGCAAAGCUGCCCAAAUCGGUGACGUUUUAGUGGGGACGGGAUAGGGGGGAGGCAAGGGAGAGGAAGCGGGUGCUGGAGCAGCACCCACAUCCCGUUUUCGGGACCUCUCCCUUCAGCAGGGCUGUGUGGAGGUGACAGCACAGCAGCCACCGCCUGUCGAGCUGUGCUUUGGUACGAGCGCCCGGCCAGGCGAUGGAGCGGUGACCGCCGGCGCCAGGAGGCACCAGCAAAUUGGGUUUGCAUCUUCCCUAUGGACAAAUUGGAAAGCGCUUUCAUUUUUGUGUCUCAUUGAAGCUCCCCAAGCCUUCUUGCGUGUCAGGGGAGAGGCAGAGCUGGUGAAUGUGUUGCAUGUUUUCUUCUGCUGCCUGCCGUGAGUACCCGUGGCCGUGGAAGUGGGCACCAGGCAUAGGAGUCCGAAACGCUUUCUUUAAAACCCCCUAUCGGUGCAGCCGACAGCGUUGCUUUCAAAGGCCUUUGUAGCAAUAGAUCUUUUUAUUUCUUCUCCCAGCCCCGCGGUGGUGGGCAGCAGUGUUUUCAGGCAGCAUCAGGGCAUCCCGGCAGGGCACGGGCAGCCCCGCUGCCUCCUCUAUGCAAUUCCACAGACGGGUGCCCAGCUCCUGCCCCAGCGCCGGAUGGU